CCGGUGACAUUCCCGGCGCUUCCCGGCGCUUCCCGGAGCUCCCGCCGCUCCGCCCGCCCAUGCCCCGGCCGCUGCCCCCGCCGGGGAGCCCUGGGGGGGCCCUGCCUCCAGCAGUUAACACCUGUAAUUGCUGUUCCUGUGGUACAAGAGCUGGAAGUCAGGCAGUCACAACAGCACAGCUUUCCCUGGUGCCCUGGAGGAGGGAAACGUGGCCUUUGAGGAGGGAAAAGGUUCUUAACAAGCUCUGAGGAGAACAGGUGCUGUAUUGCUGAACACCACAUAUAGUUCACCCACUCUUCCAGACCCCGUGCUCAAUGCUUUAACACCAGAAGGACCUUUCUGCUCUGCAAUGAAGAUGGAGGCAGUGGGAAAAGCUGAAGAACUUGCUGAUUCAGAAGUUCCACCAAAGGCUUCUGAAAAGCAAGAGACUGCUCCUGAUGAAGACGGACCUAUAGAGCUCGAGACACAAACUGAGAAGGACAGCAUGCCCACUCCAGCAGACUCUGCAGUGCUCUCUUCCAUGCCUUGCUUGCUGAUGGAACUGAGGCGAGACUCCUCAGAGUCCCAGCUGGCAUCCACGGAGAGCGACAAGCCAACGGGCAGUCGAGUUUAUGAGAGUGACUCUUCUAAUCAGUGCAUGCUUUCCCCUUCUUCCAGUGGGCAUUUGGCUGACUCAGACACAUUGUCUUCCACAGAAGAGAAUGAGCCCUGUCAAGCUGAAGCUGUCGCAGAGGGAGACCCUUCUGCAGUGUCUGGGGCCGCAGCUGGGAGGAAAUCCAGGAGAUCCAGGUCCGAGAGCGAAACUUCAACCAUGGCUGCCAAGAAAAACCGACAGUCCAGUGAUAAGCAGAACGGUCGAGUUACCAAGGCAAAGGGUCACCGAAGCCAAAAGCACAAAGAGAGGAUCCGGCUCCUGAGGCAGAAGCGGGAGGCAGCUGCUCGCAAGAAGUACAACCUGCUGCAGGACAGCAGCACCAGCGACAGCGACCUGACCUGUGACUCCAGCACCAGCUCAUCCGAUGACGACGAAGAGGUUUCAGGGAGCAGCAAGACAAUCACCGCAGAGAUACCAGCUGGCUUCAGUCGUGCUGGGGGAUCUGGAGGAGCGACCAGGGAAAUUCCAGGAUUGCUUGACAGGGGCACCGUGUGGGAUAGGAACUGCAUAGGCAAUGUCCUGGAAGAGGCCAUGAACUGCUUUGCCGAGAUGCAGAGGCAGACAGAGGAGAAAUUCCGCAUGUGGAUAGAAAAGCUAACCCGUCUUGACACGGACGAAGAGAGCAAGCAGCAACUGGAGCCCAGGGAACCCAAAAUUCAACUAGUUGGCCAAAGAAUCCCCCCUACCACGCAGUCAGGGGCUUUCAUACAGAUGCCUGAUAGCCACGUACUUCCUCAGCAGUCGUUUAAUUCUUACGUGGGCUAUCAGAAUGUCGAUGCUACUCUCGAGUUUCCAGCGACUUUUAAUAACAAUUUUCCACCUAUCUUUCCAGAGAAUGGGAAUAUUGCAGAGCCUGAUCUGAAUCAAUCAUAAACUUAAGGGGGGGGGAGGAGGGGAAAAGAAAAUCAAAUCUUUGCAAUCUUGAUGUUAUUUUUGGAUUAUGCUGAAAAAUGAGGUUUGCUUUUCUCUUUGUAUUUGUUUGUUUUGUUUUCUCUUCUGGGUUUUACUGCCAUGGUAUCGUUUGGUUAUUUCUAAUUUAUAGAGAAUAUAUGUAGUUUAAAAAAAAAAAAAAUCACAGCAUACCCACAUGCAUGUGCCAGCACACACAUAUAAACACCUUUAAAGGUGUUGGGGAGGGGAACCACCCUAAGCUUUCAUCACCAAACUUGGGAAAAUAUAACUUAGAAUCCUUGUUUAGAUACCCCAAAAGCAGUAGAGCUAUGUUUGCUACAAUAGGAGCAUUCAGGGUAUUCAUCCAGAUGCCCUUUUUUGCAUGUUAAAACAUUUAUAUAAGGAAAUAAGUUUUAUAUUUAAGGAGGUAAAGUACCUUAGAGACCCAGACUAGAUACAGACCCAUGACAUUUCCUUAACUCCACUUACUCACAAGUUUUGCAGCUUGAACACAUCACACAUUAGCUUUUUCUUCUUCCUUUUUAGGGAGAAGCAGUAAAUAAGCUUACCUUAAAUAUUUAGAAAGAGAUAUAUAUAUAUAACUGUGCACAAUGGAUUUUUACUUUUUUUUUUGUCUCCCAUUUAGUAGUUCAUUUUCUGUCCAGAUUUUUUUUUUUUAAUCAAUGUCACUGCAGUGUUGCACAUGGCAUGCUUAUGGAUGCAGCUGUCUUAAACUGUGUGCACAAAUAGGCACAUGUAUAUAUAUAUAUAUAUAUUUAUAUAUAUGUGUGUGUGUUUGGUUUGGGUGGAAGUCAUCUCCACUAAUUCCAGGUGUCCAGUUUGCCGUUCCCUGGGUCUCCUUCUGAGUCAGUGGGAAGAGAUAAGCCCCUGCUGAGGAUGUCUCCCAGCAGUGUCUUUCUCUUCCAUUAGUUGUCCAAACCUCCCUUAUCAGCAGUUUAUAGGAGAUAACUUUUGGCUGAAUUGAGGUGGGAUGAGUCACACCCAACCUGUGCACACAAAGCACUGCUGCUUCCCUCCUGUAUAUAUGGACAAGCCACAUCCUUCAUGCUGGAAUAAAAAUAGUCCUGUCUGCCCCAAGAUAAGCACCAGUCAGGGGAUGGAUUGGUUCUUGGCACAGGAAUUUGAAGGGAGGCUUGACAGCCAGAUAAGUAAACACCAUGGUGGUCUGAAGGGCUGCUGGUCUGGGUCAGACUGAACCAUGUUUGAAUGCCACUGAAAUCAUUAUUUACUUGUGAUGGGGAAUGCCAGAGCAUUAGUUUCAUUUAAAUAAUACAAGAAUUUGCUGUUGUGUGGAUUUUUAAUUUUUUUUUUUUUUAAUACUAAUAGUUAUCCUGAAUAGGCAGGCUUGAAACUGUGAUGUUUAAAGUAGGAUUAAUUUAAAGUGUGUAUUAGAAGUCUCUACUUAAUUCUUACUUACUAUUGUUACAGGGAUUUUUUUGGUCACCUCUGCGUUAAGGCCUUUCUUCAUGGGAAGUAACUUCUCUGUAGCUACCAAAAAAUGUAUAUUUAUCAUCAGGUAGAACUUGAUAAAAGUUUUGAAUGCAAAUGCAAAUCAAAAUUCUUACAGUGGAAAUUGGAGGUGUGCACAGACAUAGUUUAAGUAAAGAGAACACUGUAGGUCUCCUUUAGCUGUGUUACUUUGCUUUUUAAACCACAGUCACUUUUUUACUAGUUAUUUUAGUGUAAUUUGUUUUCUUCCUGUUGGAAGUAACCACAGUUAGUGGUUCUGGCUUUUUUUCUUUCCCCCUCCCUGAAGUCAGUGGGAGUUUUUCCAUCAAUUUAUGUGCCAGUUUGGAUCAAACCUGUAACAGGAACUCAAGAAAUGCUUUUUGUUAUCAGCAUGAUAUUCACACUGAUCUUUUAACAUUAUUGUUGCCAUAGACUUUUUUCUUUUUAAGGUAUGUGAUGCCUUCAUUAAAAAAAAAAAAAUUAGGUUAGAGAACUGUGUUAUUUUCAGAGUAACUGUUUGAAAGACUAUGCAGGAGAUAAUUUUUAAGUACUGGGAUAAAGUUCUUUUCAGAUCACCUUCAUGCAUAAUUUUUAUACAAAGAUUUUGAUAUGAACUUGUUAGAAAACUCUCUUGUCUGAAAUUGUGUGCAUUUCAGGUAAAAGUUAAACGAGUUGUUCUGUGUUCGAUUGCAAUUUGAUCAACUUGUCCUCAUCUGUUUAAAAUACAAGAUCCUUCAGGGAAGAGUAUUUGCUGAUAUAAAAAAAUCACCAAAAUGGAUCCUUCUGGUGUUCAUAGAUUUGAUACCUAUAUAUAUAUAUAUAUAUAUUUAAAUACCUUUAUGAUGACAGUAAGAGCAGCAUAUUUUAAAGCAUGACAACUUUAUAAAUCUUCCCCUGCAUGCAGAAGCAGCUUUUUGCAGUGACUGGUUUCUUUUAAUGUGUAUGUCUGUAAGCAUGCCCUUAACCUUUUUUUGUAAAAUAAUAUAUAGAGAGCAAUUAGGUAUUUCAGAACAAAUUGUGUAAGGAGUUCAGCUGAACUUAUUUAUCUCUCAGACUGAAACACCUUACAUGUGGAUCUCAUAAAUGGAUAAGAACUUCAUUAGGGAUGUAGCCAGUGAAAUUCUGCCAAUCUUUAAUAUGUUGGUCAGGUAGUCUUUAAAAAAUAAAAUAAAAAAAAUUUAAAAAAAGGAAAGAAAAAGAAAAAUACUGAAAUAAUUCAGUGUAUUAAUAGAUAAAAAUAUGGAUUUGUUUACUGCAGGCAACAAAUUAAAACCUUUUAUUUUUAUCCAUCACUGUUAGUUGUUAUUUUCAAUGCAAGCAGCUGUGAACAUGAGAAAACAAGCAGAGGAUGACAGUAGUUGAGCAUACAGACCUUGAAGCUGUACUCUUUCUAGGAUAGAAUUAUCUCAAGGCACCCAGAAGACUGAGAGAAUAAUUUAUAUGAGGUAUAAUUUUAACUUAGUUUCCCCACAAAAGCUACCUAGUGUUAAAAACACCUGUGGUUGUAAAUGGUAAAUAUUCUUUGGUCACUCUUUACACUUGGCUCAAAACUGGAGCUGAAUCUUCAGCUUUGUCAUAAAUCAUCUCCUUUGAAAUGAAGAGUGUUUGUUGAUCCACACAGCUGGAUAUCUGCUCCACGAGCUGGGUUUCCACGUGAGGAAUUAUGUUUGGCCUGAAACUGAGAGGGAAACCCCUCCUUUCUGCUGUUCAGGUGUAGUAUAACCUACCUGAUGAAGGACUUGGCAGCCUGUGCCAUUUAACAGGAGCACCUCUCUUCUACCUUUGUGUUCUGAAUCUGAGAGAUUCAGAAACCAACCUUCAGAUUCAGAUACUAGUGAUGAGUCUCUGUUUUAAGUGUGUGUGGCAGCCUUUGGCAUCUCUUUGAGAAAACAGAUUCCCAAUACAGAGUUUCAGAUUUUUAUGGUUUUUUUCCCUCCUGGGAAUAUUUCUACUAUAUUACACGGCUGCUGUUAAAUUUGUUGUGAUUUCCAUUACAAGCUCUUAUUUCCAAAGAGCUUUGAUUAGAAACUUUCAGGGAGUUAAAAUUUCUUCAGCUGAAAUUUUGACAAAGAUUUUAAUCUUACCCAUUCCGUGUUCCAUGAGAGCUGUCUGACUUAUUUAAGACUAUUUUAGGAUUAUCAGAAGGAAACUCUUCUACUUUACCAGAGUUGCAUUUUGAAUGUAUGUUUAUGCUCACGUCUCAUCAAAUCACUUCAAAACCACCACUUUUGACAAGUAGAGGAAAAAUCAGUAGGAGUUUUGCACAGACGUGGAGAACCACCGAUGAUAAUUUAGUUUCCCUAAUUGCCCUGGGUUUUAUACUUCAGAAUGGUGUAAAGAAACAUUCUAGUUCCUUUAAGGAAUUUUACUUAUGGUUUGAAAAAGUCACAUGCAUCGAGUCAGGUCAGCUGGUGUGGAUGGUGUGGACUGGUGUAAUUCCAGGGAUGAUGGUGCCAGUUGAAACCUACCUGGCCUGUUCACAGAAUCCCAGAAUGGUUUGGGUUGGAAAAGAGCUUAAAGCUCAUCCAGUCCAACCCCCUUGCCAUGGGCAGGAACACCUUCCACUCUCCCAGGUUGCUCCAAGCCCUAUCCAUCCUGGGCUUGGACACUUCCAGGGAUGGGGCAGCCACAGCUUCUUUGGUCCAAGCUCCUAUAUUGUCAUUGUAAACAUUGAAUUACAUGUUUUCAGUGUGGGGGCUGUUUCAGCAAGGGACCAGUGGAAUACCUGUAUGACCCCAGAGCUGGAAUUUAGCAGCAGGUAAAGGAAGUAAGUCUUUAUAUAAAUGCUCAGUUGAAAUUCUACUAAGUGUCAAACUGACACUGCAGUAAAUAAAAAUUUAAAGGGUUUCUUCCUAGAAUUGGUCCCUUUUUAGGAGGCCUUAGAUGUCCAGGGGCUUCAGUGUGCAGUGGUUUUGCAGCCUUGGCUGCAAGUUCUUCCACAGGUAGUUCGUGCUGCUUCCCUGCCCUCCAGUAGGGUUUGGUAUGGAAGGUCUUUAGGAACUUCCACCCUUCACACGCUGAUUUCUCCGAGGAUUUUGGGUUUUGCUUCAGAUAAAACAUCUGAAUGGUCAGGUUUUAUUUAGAAAAAAAUUAACAUACAACAUAAACCAAAUUCAAGUUAAGGCGGUGAAACUGUUUUCAGUUUUUCUAUUGCAAAAAUAACUGAGCAGGGAGAAACAAAAAGACAAUGUAAAAUCCUCAGUGUUAUUUUUAACAGUAUUAGGACAAAAUAAUUCAGGCAGAAACACACAUCUGUAUUUUUUUAAGUUCAGUGUCUUUUAGUGUUUGUGCAGAAUUGUUAGGUGUUUUUAUCUGAGCUGCUAGAGUUGAGACUGGAAAACUAAUCUUAACUUCAAUAAAACAGGAUUACAUUUGGCAGUUAUGUUACAAAUUGAAACAUAUUUAUUAUCACUGGUUUCUCUUGUUAAUAUAUUUUAUCUCUUCCUGUAUCCACAUACUUUAAAACUCUUUUUAAAGUAAUAUUUCAAGGGCAUUAAGAAAUUAAAUCCUAACCCCAUUGAUACUAGUAGAAGUUUUCUGCUGGUUUUAAUGGUUUUAAUUUCAUCUCAUUAAAAAUUGAAUUUGCUCUGCAGUUUUUGGCCAGAGAAUCCUUCAGCUGACCUUAAGGGGAGUCUGUGCCUGAUGAGGGUUUGUAAUUCAGGCCAGUUGAGCAGAUGUUUUUAAACUAAUCAGGGUCUGCAGUGUGGCUGCUGCAGUUACACGUGGGUGCUGCGUGAUGUGUGCUGUAGAAGCCAAAACAUUUGGGCUGAUUGACAGAGAUGGACAGUUACCUUGCAAAAACACGGAGCUGGAAACCGGUUCUUUCUCAGAGAUUUUACUGGUCUCAUGGUGUUGGAUCAGCAAAACGAAGGCACAUGGAAAACAGGCUUAUUAAGUUAGGAGGGGUUUCAAGCGCAGGCUGAUGGAGCAGGGGAUUAUUCUGGACCACCAAAAAGCUGUGUCAGUCCUUCCGAGGGAAGAUGCAGUUUGUCCUUGCAAAAAUGUGAUGUUUUUCUGGAGGGGAUGUGUGUUUGCUGCCUUUUCCUAAUGUAAGCUGUGUUUACACGGGGAGUUUUUUGUUGUUCUGGUUUUUUUUUUGCCUGUCAUGGCUGUGCAAGGGUGGGAUGGUUUCCAAAACCCUCCUGAGACGCUUUUGCAAGUGAAACGGGGGAAGAGCUCUGGCUAAUAUAUCUGUUGCCAUAAUUAAUGCGUUGUUAGGCAGCAUCACAGGAAACAAAUCCUAUACGGGGAUAUAAAGUGGAUGCCACUUCCCAGUGUUUUGAAUCCACAGCCAUAUUCCAUGUGCCUUUGCUUAACGCACAGUGAAAAAUUCUUUAUUAUCUUUAUUUAUAAUUUGGUAAAAAGAAUCCGAGAUAUUUUCCAUCUAGUCAUCAAAAAGCCUGAAAGAAUGAAUGUUGUUCAGCAAGACUUGAAUUUUUGAGAUCUCUUUUCACGUGAUACAUUAAAAAUUGCACAGUCUGAGAACAGAUAAUAAUUUGAUCAUGUUGUUUUGAUUUUAUUUUAUUAUCAUGGUUAAAAAAAAACUAAACAAAAAAGCUUUACUGUGUGAAAUGAAGGAAAAUGUGAGGAAAGUGGAUUCACUGAUAAAGUUCACUUUAUAAUUUUAGAGAGAAUGUUGUUACACUACUAUUGAUUUUAUUGUAUUUAUAAUGUAUUGUUUGCUUAACCUUGUAAAUUUAGAAAUGUAACUACUGUAACCUGGAAUAAAUAAAUAAAUAAAUAAAUGUAAAUAGCAA